UUUAUCCAAAAAGAAAAUCUGUUUUACAUCAUCAAAUUGAAAGUUCUUCCGAGAUAUCAUCAAAAAAAACAUUAAAAAGAAGUUGCGAAACAAGAUGGAUCGAAAGAUUUCAUGCAGUUAAUGAUUUUAUAGAGCUUUAUAAUCACGUUAUUGAAUCAUUAGAAAUAAUAUCUGAAUGGGUUGAUAGUGAAACAUCGGGUAAAGCAAGGAUUCUUAGAAACGCUGUAUUAAAUUUAGAAUUUUUGGUAUCUCUGUUCGUGUUAAAUAAAGGAUUUAGUAUAGGAUUACCUCUAUCAAAAUUAUUACAAAAUCCAAAUAUUGACUUAAAAGUAGCAGUAAUACUAGCCAAUGAUACUAAACAGGAGUUACAAGAUCUCAGAAAAAAUGCUGAAGAAGUUUUUAAAGAUAUAUUUGGACAAGUAAAAAUAUUAGCUGAAAGUUUUGAUAUUGAAAUUAAAAUGCCUAGACUUUCAAACAGACAAAUUCAUAGAAAUAAUGUUCCAGCAAGUUCACCAGAGCAAUUUUACAGAGCAUCAAUAUUUAUUCCUUAUUUGGACAAAUUUAUUAGUGAGUUAGACAAUAGGUUCAUAAACCAUCAAGUAACUUUGUCGAAUUUUGACUCUUUGUUUCAAGAAAACGGUCACCUCGAAGACUUUAAGAAUCUUUCAGAUAAAUAUAUUGAAGAUUUGCAGGAAAACGGAUCUUCUAACAUAAUAUUUGAAUCAGAAUAUAAGUUAUGGCAAAGAAAACUUAUGCAAACAAAUCAUAAACCAAAAAAUGCUUUAGAGGCUUUAACUUUAUGUAAUAUAUCUAUUUACCCAAACAUUUUUAAACUUCUCCAAAUUUUGGCUACACUCCCGGUCUCUUCUUCGUCAAAUGAGAGAACUUUUUCAAACUUGAAGAGGAUAAAAACUUAUCUUAGAAAUUCUAUUUCAGAGGGAAGACUAAACGGGUUAGCUAUGUUAUCUAUAAAUUCAAAAGAUAAAAUUACACCAACAGAGGUAAUUGAAGAACUGGCGAAAAAGAAAACACGUUUACCCUUUUCAAUUUAAAAUUUAAAAUGAAGAAACAUGUAAAGUUAAAGAUGACAUUGUAUGUAAAUUAUUUUAUUAUUUUAUUUGACAAAUUAACUGAUAUUCUAAUUGAUGUAAUUAUCCUGAAAAUUAAUUUUACUAAAAUUGUGACAUUUUUUCAGUUUUAAAAUUAUAUUG